AAGCUAAAAACAAGCUUCUCGUCGUUACGCUUCAAACGGCCAAAAAAAAUGUCUAAAACACACUCACAGCCCCCCUCAUCUUCGGCAGCGACGACCACCGGGGGACCCUCCUCGUCCUCUUCGUCUUCGCCCGCUGGGGGCUCGACAUCUCCCGCGACCGUGUUGAACGUACAGCCCGAGAAACCUCAACAUUACACAUAUCUGAAGGAGUUCAGAACAGAGCAGUGCCCUCUCUUCGUACAGCACAAGUGUACACAGCACCGGCCUUUUUCCUGUUUCUACUGGCACUUCCUGAACCAGCGGCGCCGCAGACCAAUCCGCAGACGGGACGGGACCUUCAACUACAGCCCCGACGUCUACUGCACCAAAUACGAUGAGGGAACGGGCACAUGUGCUGAUGGAGAUGAAUGUUCGUUCCUCCAUCGGACAGCGGGGGACACAGAGCGCAGAUACCACCUCCGCUACUAUAAGACGGGCUCAUGCAUCCAUGAAACAGACGCGAAAGGACACUGCAGCAAGAACGGCUCCCACUGCGCCUUUGCACACGGGUCACAUGACUUGCGCAGCCCCGUUUAUGACAUCAGGGAAGUGCAGGUGAUGGAGACUCAAGGCGGCUCGGGACCCACAGAGGGAGGCGGAGGAGACGGACAGUCAGGACAGGCAGCAAGCACCGCACUCAUAGAGAAGAUCCUGAGUGAGGAACCACGCUGGCAAGAUAACAACUACGUGCUGUCCCACUACAAGACAGAACUCUGUAAGAAACCUCCUCGUCUGUGCCGUCAAGGUUACGCCUGUCCAUAUUACCACAACAGCAAAGACAGGAGACGCAGCCCCCACAAGCACAAAUACAGAGCUCUGCCGUGUCCAGCUGUAAAACAGAGCGAGGAGUGGGGAGAUCCCAGUAAAUGUGAAGGAGCAGAGGGAUGUCAGUACUGCCACACGAGAACGGAGCAACAGUUUCAUCCAGAGAUCUAUAAAUCCACAAAGUGUAAUGACAUGCAGCAGUGUGGCAGCUGUCCCAGAGGACCUUUCUGUGCCUUUGCUCAUGUUGAAAAGCCCUUCGUCUCCGAGGAACCAUCCUUCCCCAUGCCCAGCUCCCCUCCACCUCCCAGACCUCCAGACCCCCUCCCUUCUUCCCAAGAGGCUUCUUCAAGUCCGAGCGGACACAACAUGGGCCAUGGGUCCGUCACUGACCCCUUCUCCCCCUCCGUCGGGUCGCGUGUGGCGGAGCAUGGACUGCUGGGUAGCGUCCUGUCUCUGUGCGAGGACAUGAGCGCAGGAGGAGGAGGAGGAGGAGGAGGAGGAGAGCCUUUGUCUCCUUGGGCAGGAGAGGGAGGGUACGGCAGGGCGCCUGGAUUUGAGAGGGAGGAUCAGGCCAAGCAAAGGAGUUUUGCUCUAGAGCAGCGUCACAGAGAAAUAGCAACAGCACAAAGCAAACAGGACUUGUUGGUGUUUUUGCCGGUGGGCAGCCCUCUGAGUUUGUCCUCCAGCAUCCCCUCAAGUCUGGCCGCCACACCGCCUAGCCCCGCCCCUCUCGGACACACGUUAACCAGCAUCUCAUCAGGCAUGAACGCCAACGCCCUGCCUUUCUACCCCACCAGCGAGACAGUGGAGUCAGUUGUCGAGUCAGCCCUGGAUGAUCUUGACCUGAAUGAUUUUGGUGUGUCAGCGUUGGAGAGGAGCUUGGAGAGUAGCUCUGGUCUGCCCAGUGUAGGAGUGAUGCUGGGAGGUAGUCAACUUCAGAGCUCCGCCCCAGUCAACAUCCCAGGAUCCUUCAGCAGCUCUGCUCCUUUCAGCUCCCCUUCACCCUCUCCUCCAAUCAGGCCACACGCUUCACCAUUCUUUUCUGCUCACCUGUCACAACCUAGCCAAUCAGAGAGCUCCUUCCUGGGACCAUCUCAUAGCUCUUUAGGUCUGAAUGGUAUGAGCAGUAAUAUAUGGGAGCAUUUCCCAUCAGGCCAGGGUUCACCUGGUACACCCCCCACCCUACUGGCCUCUGGUCCCUGUGCAGAGUCCUCCAGGCUCAAACAGGAGCUGGAGGAGGCUCACAGGACACUGAAGCAUUGGGGUCACAAUUGGAGACACACAGCUCAGUCUUGGGCCACACUUAAAUCAGAUGCAGAGGACUCUCGUGCCCAUGCAGCACGGUUAGCCAUGGAGGCAGAGAGAGCCAGGCAGGCAGAGGAGGAAGCACAGAGACAGGCCUCUCUCCUGCAGGAGGCGCUGGAGAGCUUAAGGAGCGGCGACAAUCCCCAUCUAGCACUGCACCAACUCCAGCUACUGCACCGACUGCCUCUGGAAUCAGUCCUCAGUCUGCAGGCUCAGCUCUGCAGCUGUCUACACGCUGUGGAACAGGUGGUGUACAGGAAACAGAGACAGUGCUGUGUGACGUGUGGAGAGCAGGGCUCGGUGUCCCUGCCCUGCGGUCACGGACUACAGUGUGAGAGCUGCUCCACCUCUACAGAGUGUCCGCUCUGCCCCGAACAAACGCUGGAGCAGCAGCUCUCUUGACCUCACGGCCCAGUCAGACCACCAUGGACCAUUGCAGAUUCCAGACCAGUCAAUCCUGAUUCCACAGAUACCAGCCUUUGAUCUCAAACGGCAUUCGAAUAAUCAUGUCGAGGUCUUUUUUUUAUAGUGUGGAAAAAACACAAGCACUGAUCUGGUUUUGUACUUUUACAAUGAUGUUUACUGAUAAAUGACCUUAGUGAGCUAUGGUCAGAAAGUAAGAGCUCUUAAUGUGUAAUUUAGGAUUAUUAUAUAUUCCAGUGAUUCCAUUGGAACACCAGUAAAAUUUACUAGUUAAUGUUCUUGACCAGCAACACUGUUUUUUUGU